AUAAUCGUUUGUGGCAGCACUACAGCUCAGUGAGGAAAAUGAAGACGUAUGGAUCUAUUUGGAUGCAUCGGAAUGGAGCGGAGCAGAGAGAUUUGGCCCGUCGAUUGUAGCACCCACAGUACGUCACAGCUACGAGGUUUUUCCAACUGCUUUGUUCCAUUUUCUCCUCAUUUGAAUAAAGAGAUACUCAGAAAAGCAAUUUUGAGCUUAUUUUUCUUCAUAUCACAAAAAUCCCACAAGAAGAUGUUAAAACACCAAAAAACAGAUUCAACUCCAACAAAAAUCACACAUUGUAGCCUUCUGAUCACACGUCAGCGCCUGACGAUUGGAAGAAUGGUGGAAGAUUCCAUAAACCGUGGAUGUAAAUCCAUCCAUCCAUCCAUCCAUCUGGGAUCACUGGGUCACCAUUCUGUUGCACACUUAAGAGAUAAUCUGGAGACCUUAUUUAUGGGGCAAAUCAGCAAUAAAGGCCACAUGAAACAACUGAAAAGUUUACAACAACCCUGAAGAAUUCAUUUAAGGUCUUCUUUAAUUUAUUGUAUGCUUUGUGAAUCAGCUAAUUGGACCAAACUAUAGGAUCACAUCCCUCUCCCCUCAACAGAGGAUUUGUUGUAUUGUGUGUUAAGCUACAACUUCAGGGAUUAAAUGGAAGCACAUGAUGGUUCGCCCCCGUGACUUGUCAGGGAGCCUGCUCAUGGGCUCAUUUCCUCUCCUCUCUUUUCUUUUCUUUUCUGCUCUCUCCUCCUGACGCACGCGGCGCGCCGCGCCAUGGCCUCCCCGCGCCUGGAGACGUUCUGCUGCCCGAACCGAGACGCCGCCACGGGGUUCGUGGUGGUCUUCCAGCCGGUGCUGUUCGGGGCUCUGAGUCUGGGGAGCGCCGCUCUGAGCCUCAUCUUCGCCGUCGUGCAAGUUCUGCCGAAACGGAAAGGGUACCGGAGGCUCGGGCAGUAUCCUCUGCCGCGGCCCGCCUCCUCCUCGCGGAUCCUGUUCAUCAUCAGCGUCUGCGACAUUCUGGGAUGCGCAGGCAUCAUCAUCAGAUCAGCUGUGUGGCUGGGUCUUCCCAACUUUAUCGACAGCAUCUCUGUGGCCAACAACACGGAUGUGCUGCCUGAAGUCUUCUGUGUCGGCAGUGCGAUGUGGAUCCAGCUGUUCUUCAGCGCCUCGUUCUGGUGGACGUUCUGCUACGCCGUGGAUGUCUUCCUGGUGGUGAAAACGUCCGCAGGGAUCAGCACCAUUGUCCUGUACCACAUGAUCACGUGGGGCCUGGCUGUGCUGCUGUGUGUGGAAGGUGUGGCCAUGCUCUACUACCCAUCCAUUUCAGAUUGCGAACAAGGCCUCCAGCACGCCAUUCCUCACUACGUCACCACGUACGCGCCGAUGCUGCUCGUCCUCACGGCUAACCCCGUCUUCUUCAGCAGGACCGUCUCUGUGGUGACGUCUUUACUGAAGGGUCGGCAAGGAAUCUACACGGAAAAUGAGAGGCGGCUGGCCAACGAGAUAAAGAUACGCUUCUUUAAAAUCAUGCUGGUCUUCUUUGUUUGCUGGGCACCAAACAUCAUCAAUGAGAGCCUCCUCUUCUACCUGGAGAUGCAGCUGGACAUCAACGACAGCAGCUUGAGGGACAUCAGGAAUGCGGCCCUCACCACCUGGUUCAUCAUGGGAAUCCUCAACCCCAUGCAGGCGUUCCUCAACACGCUGGCCUUUCACGGCUGGACCGGCCUGGACGUGGACCUGAGCCUGCAGCAGAGCAGGGAGCUGGCCUGGGACUCCGGCUCCACCUCGGUGCCGAACGCGGCCAGCCAGAACCCCACGGUGGGAACCACUCUGCUCUACCAGAGCCACGUCCAGGAAGCCCAGAAAGGCAUGAUGGGAAACGGACAGCAGCACUCUGACGCCAUCAGCGUGCUCUCAGAAGGUUCAGACUCUAGUACAGUUGAAAUCCACAUUUCCAGCGAGCUGCGAGACAAUGGGGAUGUAGACGCAGACGGAGAGUCCUUGGGAAACUCUGUAAGGCGCUAGCUGGGCUCGACGACAAGCCGCCGUCCUCCACCGCAGCCUCACAGCCCUUAAUAAGAGCCACUUUCCUCGGACUCCUGAGCCGCAUUCGCAGUAUGGAGCCCCCACAGUUCCACCACAGAGCUUUAGGAAACAAAAACAUUUAUAUGUAUUUUAGAUUAGAGAUAAAUAACUGGUGCAAAUCAUUGACUGUAUACAGAGAGCUGGACCCCUCAUGUUCCAAACAGGAAGUUCCUGCUGGUUCCAAAAUCCCAGUGACUUCUAUUGAGACAUAACCAGCUACUCAGUCCCU